AAAUUUAAGUAUGCCUAGAACACAAAAUUUUGGUGUGGCUUUCUCUAGUUUCCAUCCUGAACAAAGCAAGCUAUUUCAUCCAUUGAGCACAAAAAGUGUUUCGUAAAAUUAGUUCAGAAUUGUCUAACAAUAGAUCCAAGAAAGAGAAAGCUCUUUCAACCAGUAGUAGUGAAAGAUAUAUUGUCAGAAAAUUGCUUGGAGAGGAGGGAUUGGAAUAGAUACAAUUUGAUGGAAAUGAAGCGAGGGCCAUCUUGAAGAAAUUGGGUUUUGACAAACCACAACACAUGGAAAACAAAACAUGGAGUUUCCCACUAGAGGUUGUGGAUGAUAACACAGAGAAGAAAUAAACCUUAAAACUUAGGCAAGAUGAGAAGUUUGAGCCCUUUGGAUUCCAUGAAGAUUGGGCAGACAAGGUUGUUUCUGACAGAGUCUUUGAUGGAAAUGAAGAGAUUGGGUUUUACGUUCAUCCUAAAACUGGAGAAAUUCACUUUUUUGUGCUGAAUGCUGAUGAGUAAUAUUCAUUAGAAUGUGAUAGACUAUAGCUAUAUUGGUCGACCCACCAUUCAUUGUUCAAUUUCUAAUUUUCCACUGGAAAUAUUGUCACUAAUUCACAUUUAUCUAUCUGCUGCUGGAGAGGGCUUCCAGUGAAGUUUAUUCCCGGGACAAAGAAACUCAUCAUCAAGAUGAGAAAAGAGAGAUAAUUAUAUAGUCUGCAUGAUUGAUGCGGGACAAAGAAACUCAUCAUCAAGAUGAGAAAAGAGAGAUAAUUAUAUAGUCUGCAUGAUUGAUGCUGCUGACAUAAGUAACACUUUAUUUCCUGUAGGGAGAGUGUUCUGUGUGUAUAUAUUCCACUUUCAAUACGGCCUAAAGCCCCUUCUCUCCAUUUAUUUUUUUUAUUGGCUUUUGCUCUAUAUCUUCUCUUUUCUUCGUCUUUGUAAUCCUCAAAGUUGUCGUACCCAAACUCAUCGGCUCCUCUCUUCUUGAUUCUUCUUUUCUGUCUCAACCUGGUUGUGUAAAUCCCUCAAAUAUUUUGAUGUGGAAGCAUUUGUUAGACAAUCACAAGACUCAUGUCGCCGGUACUCAGUGAAAUCCUGCUUUCUGGAUUUACUGUAAACUCAUCUCUCCAUCGUCGUUCCCACCUUGUUCAGUCCUUCUCUGUUGUCUUCCUCUACUGGUUCUAUGUUUUCUCAUGAACACAUCACUAAGUUACUUGCAAAUCUCUUAUAGUCUUUCGGUCUAGAGGGUGUACUAAUUAAAAUCUUUAAUUUUCUUGAAAACAAGACAUUCUUGUGGGCAGCUUAUACUUAAUUUUUUUUUAUCAUAUACAUAUAACAUGGCUUCUCCAACCAGUGCAACUUCUUCAGGGUCUAUCUCCAUCUCCCUUCAAAACUCGGGUUCCGAGGAAAACCGGCAGCAUGUAACGGAUGAGAGGAAACGAAAACGAAUCGUUUCCAACCGGGAAUCAGCACGAAGAUCCCGAAUGAGGAAGCAGAAGCACUUGGAUGAUCUGAAUGCUCAGGUGAAUCAACUCAGGGCUGAAAAUAAUCACAUUCUCUCAAACAUCAAUCUUGUCACUCAGCUUUGUUUGAAUAUUGAGUGUGAGAACUCAGUUCUCAGGGCUCAGAUGUCCGAAUUGAAUCACAGGGUUCAGGCACUUAAUGACAUUAUUAAGUACAUCGACUCAAACAGAAUUACUGCUGCAGGUCCCGAGAUGGAGGAUUAUUAUGAUGAAGAUGGGAUGAUGAUGAUGAUGAUGAUGAUGAAUGGGGGAGACUUCUUGAAACCUUGGAGUUUAAACCAUGUUAAUGAACCAGUUAUGGCUAAUUUGCCUGAUGUCCUCAUGUACUGAUCAGCAAGCUAAGCAUUCCAUGGAUAGCCAAGUUUCAUAUGGGUGCAUUAUGAAACUAUUUGUGGACAAAUCAAAUCAUGAUAUAUGAAUUAAUACAUGAUUUGAUGAAUGAAUAGUGAUUACCAAACAUGAGACAAUGGCCAAAUGAUGUAAUAAAUGAUAUAUAAAUAAAAGGAUGCAUGGGUUUGAUGAAUUUAUAAUGUGUGUGCGGAUGUGUUCAUUAAUAUUUUGCA